GGUUGCAAAAAGCGAACACUUGAUCGCCGGUUUGUUUACUCGGUAUUAUUAAACUACGGGGCAGGGUCUGUAGUGCCACUCGAUAUUCCCGCUACCAAAUAUGAAGCAAAACGUACUUCAAUAUUUGUUGUAUGAUGGAAUGAAUACGGAAGGCCAGUUAUUCAGGAUUAAAAAAAAUGAUGUGGUUCAUUUCGUUUUGGACGUGUCUCUGAUUGGUUGCAAUGUCCGGUUUUUUAUUAAUUAUCCUGAUUCCGGAGUUCCAUUCCAGAGGUUGCAAUAUCGAGAGCUGCCUUUGAAUAACCCAACUCUUACUCGCAAACAAUCGGAUUGUUUUGAUAAUUUUUUCGAGUUAAAGAAAAUAAGUGUCUGCGGAUCUUUUCACUUUUACUUUUCAAAAGAUGGGUCUUCUCCUAGCACUCCAUCAACCGCAACAUGUCUGAAAGGGAAUAUAGCUGGCUCAGGAUAUAUUAUCGUUGAUCCAGAUUUCACUGGUAAAAAGGUUGCCACGGAGCCCUCCAAAAAUAGUUGUGGGAAAAAUUGGGAUUUAAGUGGCGUGGUCCUUCAGUCUUAUUUGUCCAAGAAUCUUGGAAUAUUCCCUGAAUGGGAAUCAAGACUUUAUACAGCCAGGAAUGGUGGUUAUAAUAUGAUUCAUUUUACUCCUCUUCAAGAACUUGGCUAUUCUCGUUCUGCUUACUCUCUCAAAGAUCAACUCACAGUCAAUCCUAGCUUUACUCCACCUGGGGCAACAAAGAAGGUGGACUGGACAGAUAUUGAAUGCUUUAUCAAACAUUUGGAAAAUAAUUGGGCAGUACUUAGUAUGACCGACUUAGUUUUCAAUCAUACUUCAAAUGAUAGCCCCUGGGUUCACGAACAUCCUGAAUGCGCUUACAACGUUGUUAAUUCUCCUCAUUUAGCUCCAGCGUAUAUUCUGGAUCAUAUUGUCUGGCGUUUAACAGUAGAAGCCAGUACUGGAUCACUUGCAAGUUAUGGUAUCCCAGCAAUCUUAAACAAUCCAGAUAGUGAGCUUCCAGCUAUAGAAGUUUGGUUGACCCAGAAGAUAGAAGCAGCGAAGUUAUAUGAGUUUUUCUUAGCAGAUGUUGAUAUAGUAUCAAAAGAAUUCAUUUCUUGGUUAAGAAAACAUGCAACAUUUCCUUCAUUAAUUUCCCCGAAUGAAACUAACUUGUCGCUGAAAAUUGACGGGGCCAGAAAAGGAAGACGAUUUGGGGCUACUGUUGAUUUUUCAAUAGCAUGUCUUGAAAUUGUCGGUAAAAAUGAGAAUGAACUUCCCCUUUCUGAAAGUGAGGCUGAAGCUGCUGGUGAAAAGUUACGAGUCAGGUUAAUAUCUCUAAAUUAUGACCAAGUUAAUGAAAUUAAGCAUCAUUUGCAAGCUGCCGUAGGAAAUGUUUUGGCAAAUGCUCGCUAUCGAUUUUACGAUCCUCAUGGACUUAAGCUUAAGCAAGUUACGUUAGAUACACCUAUUAUGUGGGCGUACUUUUAUCAUCCAGUCCCUGAUGUAGAAACCAUUGAAGAAGCUGAAGCAAUUUUGGAAACCAAAGAUGCCGCAAAAAUUAUGGCUUUUAAUGGAUGGGUGAUGAAUGAUGAUCCUUUGAAAAACUUUGCAGAACCUAGCUCAUUUGUAUACUUACGCCGUGAACUUAUAGUCUGGGGUGACUCAGUAAAGUUACGUUAUGGUGACAAACCAGAAGACAGUCCAUAUCUUUGGGAUAGAAUGACUAAAUAUACGGAACUAACCGCAAAAAUAUUUCAUGCAGUACGAUUGGAUAACUGUCAUAGUACACCUCUUCACGUAGCACAAUAUAUGAUUGAUAAGGCUAGAGCUAUACGACCUAAUUUGUAUGUGGUUGCAGAAUUAUUUACUGGAGGCGAAUAUGUUGAUAACAUUUUCAUCAAUAAAUUAGGUCUUAGCUCUUUAAUACGAGAAUCCCUAUCAGCUUGUGACUGUCAUGAUUUAGGUCGACAAGUUCAUCGAUAUGGUGCAUCCCGACCUGCUGGAGCAUUUUUUGAACGAGCCAGUGCACGUCGUCUAUAUCCGAGUGUAUCACAUGCUGUCUUCUAUGAUCAAACUCAUGAUAACCCAAGUGUAUUGGAGAAACAUUCUGUUUUUAAUUAUCUGCCUUUAUCUGCAGUUGGAUCGUUUGCUUGUUGUGCAAUUGGUAGUACACGUGGUUAUGAUGAAUUAGUCCCACAUUAUAUUGAUGUAGUUAAAGAGGAACGUUUCUAUUCGCGAUGGCCUGAUCAAGUCAAUUAUAAUAUUGGUAUAAUUAAGCCAAAAUCUAUUUUAAAUGAACUGCAUAGUUGGUUAUCAUCUGAAGGAUUUUCUGAAACAUUUGUAGACCAAAUUACACCAAAUGUAUUAGGUGUGACACGUUUUUGUCCAGAAACUCGUGAAGCUGUCCUAUUGAUAACACAUACAGCUUUUCAUGAUCCUGGACCUAAUCCACACCAUUCAGAUUUUCAUCCAAUUCGGUUGGGUGGACGAGUGAAUAGAUUGUUAUGUGAAAUACUCUCGACAUUUAAAGGGGAUUAUCCACCACAGAGAGAUUUUAAAAAGAAUCCACAGUAUAUAAAUGGUUUAAUGUGUAUGAAUUACUCAAUUUUACAAAAUGUACCAGCCACUGAAAGUAAAACAUUUCGCGUAGAAAGUUACUCAGAUGAACAUGGUGUUAUGGUGGAUAGUUUAAUAUUUUACAAUUUCCCACCGGGAUCAGUUGUAAUUGUUUCAAUUAAAUUAGAUGAUAGCCAACUACAAGCCAUUGCUGAUUUACAUAAUUUCAUGUCCCAACAGUUUGAUUGUCGUUUAUAUGAACCUCGAACAAGUCAAGCUAUGGGUAAAGGUGAAAAUGCCUAUAUUCCUUUAAGUUUGCCAUCAGGAAACAAUUCGUUACUAAAGCCGAAUUCGAUCAGAGUUCUUUUAGGCAAUAUGAAUUUAUUGGAACUAAACAAAUUACUCUUCAGAUGUUCUGUUGAAGAAUUAGCUGAUGGAUGUAACUUUAAUUCAUAUCAAAUACCUGAUUGGGGUUGGUUGGUUUAUUGUGGGUUUCAAAACAUUUCAAAUGUAUUACAAGGAAUUCGUGAUCGAAACGAUUUAGGUCAUCCAAUUUGUUCACAUCUUCGUCAAGGUGAUUGGUUAGCCCAUUAUUUAACUGAACGUUUGGCAAAACUACCACAUAAUUCUAAUAAACUUAUCACUAAAGCAAUUAUUCAAAUGAGUGAUAUUUUAAAAAUUAUGUAUAAACCUCUGUCAAACAUUCCAAGAUAUUUAGUCCCUGCAUACUUUGAAGCAUUGACUGUUACAUUAACAGAAUUUAUUAAGCUUGAGAUUACAUUACGAUUUGCACCUUGGAUAAGAAGUAGCUCAUCACUUGCAAAAAAUCUAGCAGUAGCUACUACUCAAUUUUACGGUUUUAUUGGAAAUAGUCGUCUUCCUGGACGUGUCAUCCAAUUUAAUAAAGAUUCUCAAAAUCCAGAAAUCGAAGCAAUGUUUUGUAGUUUAGCUGCAGGUUUACCACAUUUUGCCGAAGGGAUGUGGCGUUCUUGGGGAAGGGAUACUUUUAUUUCACUCCGAGGUUGUCUUCUUCUAACAGGACGUUACCAAGAUGCUGCUAACAUUAUUCUCAGUUAUGCUAGUUUAUUAAGACAUGGACUAAUACCAAAUCUUAUAGGAGAUGGUUACACUGUUAAUCCAAGAUACAAUUGUCGUGACGCUGUUUGGUACUGGUUAUAUUCUAUCGUUAUUUACGAACAAUUUAUUUCAAGUACUAAAGAAUGCUGUCUGGAAGGAGAUGAUUCUUCUAGUAUUUUAAAUUGUCCAGUUUAUAGAUGGUUUCCAGAUGAUGAUACAGUUGGUUGGCCGGAUGAAUAUUUGACCAAUUCAUUAUCUAGUCAACGUAUACAACCCUUGCAUGAAACAAUGCAAGAAGCUUUGCAACGACAUAUUAAUGGUAUUGAGUUUAUCGAAAGGAACGCUGGGCCAACUUUAGAUGAACACAUGAAACCGGAAGGAUUUAAGGUUCAGGCCAAUAUUGAUUUAAAUACAGGAUUUCCUCGUGGUGGCAACGCUUUUAACUGUGGCACAUGGAUGGAUAAAAUGGGCAGUUCAUCAAAAGCUGGUAACCAGGGUAUACCUGCUACUCCUCGUGAUGGUUCCGCAGUCGAAUUAGUUGGUUUGGCGUAUGCAGUUGUAUCGUGGUUAGCAGAAUCCCAUAAUCAAGGUCCAAAUUACUCUGGCUAUUAUCCGCAUGCAGGUGUUCAACUGACAUCUGGUAAGGAACUUUCAUGGAAAGAAUGGUCAAAUCUGUUGAAAAAUUCCUUUGAAUCGCACUUUUGGAUUCCGGAAAGCACAAAGGACCCUAACUUGCUUUAUAAUAAAGGAAUUUAUAGAGAUUCUUUUGGUUCGUCUGGAGGAUACACAGAUAAUCAGCUACGCCCCAAUUUCCUUAUAACUAUGGUUGUAGCCCCUGAAUUAUUUACACCCGAACGGGCAUGGAAUGCAUUGGAAAUAGCUCAACAACGAUUAACUGGUCCAUUUGGUAUGUGCACUUUGAGUCGAGAUGAUUUAGCUUAUCGAGGAUAUUAUGAUAACUCAAAUGAUAGCUGUGACUUUUCUAUAGCUCGUGGUUUUAAUUAUCACCAAGUAAGUCUUUACUUCAUUUCUUUAUAUGCUAAAUUUCCACCUGAUGAAAUGUCUAUCAUUUCACACCUUUUUUAGUCAUAUUCGCAUUGCAAAUGAUUUUUUUAUCUUUGUCAAUCGUGAAGCCACAACUGUUAUUACUAGGUUAUAAAUGGAUCAUCACAUUUUUUGUUUUUCGUUAAUUUUCUUUUUCUUUUAGAGGAUAUCAUUACCUUGAUUUCAAUAUUCUCAUUAAUCGUUCCUUAGUUAUGUCAUGCACACAUAAUACACAAUUCAUACUAAUGUACUUCAUUGAAAGUGUUGAUCUUCUGGUUUCUUCAAGUAUGACAGUAACAUUGACUGCGUGGAUCGAAUAAUGACAUUAUUCUUUGUAUGUUAAAUAGCUAUAAACUUUCAUGUCAGGAAGUUAGUAACUUUACGAAUAAUCUUAUAUUCUAUCGAUUUACUGUAGCUUAUAUGUGCACGUGCAUUGAAAAAUUAAUUAUUAACGUCAUAGUAUACGCACAUUCACAGCUAUUUCUAUUAUACAUGUAUACCAAAAGAUUUCACUUUAAUUCCAUUUUAUUCCCGGUGCUGCGGUACGAUCUUCAUAUUAAAGUAAUCGGUACGAGUAAAACAAUUCGUCAUUACAGAGAAAUAAAAUCUGAAUAGUUCACUGUAAUUCAAAUACACAAAAUCAAGAUAAUUCACAAACCAUAUUGUUAGGUGUCAGGUGAAUAACCGGGAGUUAUAUCUCAGUAGCUCUAAUGCCGAAACAAUUUCAUUUUAUUCUCAUUAAUCUCUCCACUACAAUCAAGAAGGUUAAGGCACAGUUCAAUGCACGAUAAACAUUUCAAUCCUUUUCCAGUUGCUACAUUUAUCGACCAACUGGCGUAUCCGGUGUCAUACUGGUUUUCUCGACAUUACGUAAAUGAUUAUACUACCUAGUAAUGAAUGAAUACCGUUCCCUUAUAGUCUGGAUCUUACUCCGUACUGGUCAAAUCUAACAGCCAGUUAACUAUAAAGUUCACUCAGGUUUUAUGUCAUUUGGCUUUAAUUUUUAUGCCGAUUGUGUGAUAAUGCAUCCUUAAAAUACUUAUUACUUACUAUUUUGGAUUUAGGGCCCAGAAUGGUUGUGGCCAACUGGGUAUUAUUUACGCGCUCGUCUUAAAUUCGCUUGCAUGCUAGGCAAAUUCGAUCCUAAACAAUGGGGUCAUCUCAUUCUCAACGUAACUACAGAGUGCCAGAAAACAUUUGCCAGACUGAAUCAGAGAAUGGAAUCAAGUCAGUGGUGUUCUCUUCCGGAACUGACAAAUGCAAAUGGUCAGGUAAGAUUUUUGAAAUCCCUAUUUAUAUGUGAACAACAUAUGUAUAUUUCUCACUGUAUUAGGUUCGAUUCCUCAUAGUUACGUAGCAAAGAAAUAGAUCGACCUCUAUGUCUGACCAUAGUUGUGUUAACUAGUGAGUCGUUAGCAACGUGAAACCUUGGACGUAAAUGACAAUUUGCCAACCACAUCAGCACAACUAGAUUAAACUAUUCUAAUGAAUACUGAGGCAGUAUUAGUAGUAGUCGCAGUAGAUCUCAGUUCAGUUCAUGAACCUCAUGGUUGUUAUAUAUUGUGUUGCGUUUUGUUUGCGAGAAUGGUAAUGUUAUAAGCUAGUGCCGAUUUCUCCUGAUUAUUAGUAAGGUGAUGUAGCAUCGUAGUAUAUUGGGAAGAUAUGAUACUUCACUAUAUAUUGUGAUACUGUAGAAUGCACGAAACUCAAAGUAUAUGUGGUUUAAUUUCGCAGUGUAUGUUUACUAAUCCAUAGGGUUCGAUUUAGUUUCAACUUUUCAGAAAAGUGAUCAUUAAUCUAAAUGGAGGGAUUUUUUCUAAUAAAUUUUGAGAACUGUUAUCGAAACAAGAAUGAUUGGCAACGUUUUUUAUUCCACAAUUCUUUUAUAUCAGUCAUCGACUUGAGGUGUUUCUGAUACCUGGCAAAUAUAACUCAGUAACAAAAAGAAUUAUUGAGGCCAUAAGCAUUUUUCAAACGAUACCAGUACUUUCUACACUUCAUUUCAUCUUUUGAUGAUGUGACAGUAAAAGACUUUUUAGGUAUCAUUACGAAGCUUUGAUUUGAUAAUUCCAAAUAAAUUGAGCAUUGAGUAGAAUGUUAUAAACAAAUUAAUAUAUUUGGUUAUUUAUCCUCUGAAGAAGUGGCUUACACUGAGUCACGAAACGUCAGAAAAUCUGAUUUUUCUACUCAUUGGGAUAUUACAAAUAUAUUAAUUUAUUUAAUAAAAGACUUUGUUUAUAUAAUUAACACGGUGAUAAAAUCAACAAUAGUUUUCGCAAGUUAUGGCGAACAGUUCUCUAGAGUGUUCCAUGGACUAUAACUGUAAAGAAUGUGAUGACAUUGAUAAUUUACGUACAUCCCGGUUAUUUUAAUAGUUUACACUAUCUAUUAUAACGUAGGAUCAUGAAUAUUAGUAAUACACCAAAUAUAUAUGAAACUUUAAAAAGGAUUACUGUGACAAUUUCGUGGAAUAGCGCGAACUUAGCGUAAAUUCUGAAAACGACCAAUAACAAAUUAUUUCCACGUAAAAUAGCAUGAAAUAUUUUCCAAUUUUUAUAGACUAGUACUGAGUAGAUAAAUUAAAAUAUUUUUUUUUCGAUUUUCAGCUUUGUAAAGAUAGUUGUGAAGCUCAAGCGUGGAGUGUGGGUUGUAUUUUAGAAGCUCUGUAUGAACUUAUUUUCACACAGAACAAAUGAGGUCCUCCAAAUUUUAGAACCACGUUAGUUAUCUUAAUACGUUUAUUUUAACACUAGUUCAGCAAACCCUUACCUAUAAAAUGUUAUCUUAAUUUUGGAAUAUUUAUCAUAAUUUGAAUGACAGUGUUUAAUUUUGCCUUUAUAUUUUAAACUUUUACAAGGUUUUCCUCAUUGUAGUUACACUUAACAGUCAAUUAGUACAUUAUUCAUCAUGCAACCUAGAUAAAUAAAUAAAACCCUAUCCUAACCUUUC